CCUAUCACGAUUGCCGGAGGGAUGACCAAAUCGGAGUAACAGUCAUGAUUGUUUCCGUAGGCGGCUUCAUCGGAAGUUGUUCUGGUGCAGGAUUCUCGCAAGGUACUGGUCGUAGACUCUGCGUGAUCAUUGCUUCAUUUAUUGCGUUGUGUUUCCUUACGGCCUAUAUCCUUCCUUCACAUCCCACGGCUCCAAGCAUUGGAGGAUUCUUUUUCGUCAUGGCAAGCAAUAUGGCAAACAGCGUUAUAUCAAUCCACAUUAGCGAGCUCAGCUCGCCUGUUUUCCGUUCCGUAAUGUCUGGAUCGGCAUACCAGCUAGGCAUCACUCUUGCUUCUCCGAGUGAAGUUAUUAUCAAUGCUUUAGCCGCUUCUUAUCAAACGCAGAAAGUAAGUUCAACGGGAGAAGUGGAAACUGUUAAAGUGUAUGGGCCAGUCAUCGGAAUUGCGACGGCAAUUAUGUACUUUUUAGUGAUUGUUUUGACUGCCAUUGGCCCCGAAAAACAUUCGGCUAAUUUUGACAAAUUUAUUCCGGCCAACAAAGGAAUACUCAAAGAUCCUUCCGUCCGAUCCGAUAAUGGGGAGGAGACCAACAGCGAUCAAAGUUUUGUUUAA